UCAUUUUUGAUGUUAAGCGUAUCUUAGCUUUAAAGAUUAAUUCAAUAUUGUUAUUGUAUAUUCAAAAUGUCUGGUAAAAUCCAACCUAUUCUAAAGUUUACUAGACUCAGUGAAAAUGCUUUUCAACCAGUCAGAGGCUCUGAAAAAGCAGCUGGGAUCGAUUUAAUGAGUGCAUAUGAUUACACUGUUCCUGCUCGAGGCAAAGAAUUAGUGAAAACUGACCUACAAAUAGAACUACCGCCUGGGUGUUAUGGUAGAGUAGCACCUCGAUCUGGUUUAGCUCUGAAGAAUUUCAUUGAUGUUGGUGCCGGUGUUAUUGAUGAGGACUAUAGAGGUAAUGUUGGAGUUGUUCUUUUUAAUCACUCGGACACAGAUUUUAGUGUGAAAAAAGGAGACAGAAUUGCACAGCUUAUUUGUGAGAAGAUCUACUAUCCUGUGUUACAAGAAGUUGCUAAUUUGUCUGUAACUCAAAGGGGUGAUGGUGGAUUUGGCUCCACUGGAAAAAAAUAGAAAAUAGAAAGCAUUAAGAAAUACUUCAAUUUUGUUCAUAUUUUUUUUAUCUAUUCUAUAAGCAAUUUAUAAACUUAUGUAAACUUUAAUUUCUUAAAAGUGUACGAAAAACAGUCUAAACUAAUUUUUAGAAACAUUUUCAAUUUCAGUUGCAUUUUAUAGCUAUCUAUCAAUGAUAUUUCUACUUAAUGUUUCAUCACCAAAUAAAUGAACUGAAAUUUUUACAGAA